AUGGAUACGUAUCUUUGCAACGGACUUGGUGCCGGAUCGGCCCCACUUUCGGCUCCGGACACCGAUCGACCAUCGAAACUUGGUUCUACCACCACUUAG